GUAAGGCCUUGUUUUCUCCUCCCACAGUCUAUGAAUGUUGCUGACUCUCCAAAAGAAGCUUGGGUCUGACUGUCCCCACUCUGGCAGCGGCCCUCGCAUAGUGCUGUUUUCCAGAAAAAGGGCCAUGUCACUCUUCCUGGGACUAGCUGCUGCCACGGGGACCUUUCCUUGGCUGUUCCUUCUCCUGCUGCUCCAGGAAGCCAUAGGAUACUCUGGAGACAGUGCGGCGCCUGAGGAAGUAGUUGCAGCCCUUCAGGAGCCCAUCAGCCUCCCCCUGGAAAUACCACCUGAUGAAGAAGUUGAGAGCAUUGUCUGGUUCUCCCGGAAAAGACUUGCCACAGUGGUGCCAGGGAAGAAAGGACAGCCGGCUAGUGUUAUGGUGGUCGACCCUCACUAUGAGGGCCGAGUGAGCUUCCUGGAUCCCAGCUAUUCUCUGCACAUCAGCAAUGUGAGCUGGAAAGACUCAGGGCUUUACCAAGUUCAAGUCAAUCUGCGGACAUCCCAGCUCUCCACCACGCAGCGCUACAACCUGUGUGUCUACCGACGGCUGUCGCAGCCCCGAGUUGCUGUGAACUUUGAGAUCCCUGGGGAAGGUGCCUGUAAUAUAUCCCUGCUGUGUUCUGUGGAGAGAGCAGGCAUGAAUGUCAACUAUAGCUGGCUCGCCUUGGGGGACAGUGCCGAUGCAGUCCAGGAAGGCUCUGUCCUUAGAACAUCCUGGAGGCCUGGGGACAAAGUCCUUCCCUACAUCUGCAAGGCUAGCAACCCUGUCAGCAGCAUCCAUUCUCAUCCCAUUCUUGCGGGGGCCUUCUGUGCAGAUCCUGGCUAUCUCGAGAUGCCCUCAGUGUCCUCCUGUCUCCUAGCCAAGGGAUUGCUCCUCCUCGUGCUCUUGAUAAUUCUAGCUGUGGGGCUCUGGGUCACCCGAGUUAAAAAAAAAAGUGACUUGCCAAGGACAAGGAAACUCAAGAGGAACAGAAUUAAACUGAGGAAGAAGAGGAAGCCCGACUGCAGCCCAGCCUGACUGCGCUCUGGGAGCUUCCAUCUUGAAUUUUGCCUCUUUCAGCCCACAGGGAGCCAUCCCGCCUCAGGGGCAGAGGGCCAACUCAGGAAUGGAUGUCAAAGGGCCUCCCCUCCCUCAGGGAAGACCAUGUAGGAAUAAAGUCAAGUGCCCACUGCUCUGGAGGAGCUAUGUCUGGUUCUCUAUCUCACUGGACAGUUCUGGCAAAACCCGCUCCUUACCUCCUUCCAUCCAGGCAUCCACCUCCAAGCCCACAGCCCUUUCAGGCCUGCCUCUGGGGAGCAGAAUGAGCGUAAGGACCCACUCAGAGUGAGGUGGGUUUUGCUUUUACUCCACCUAUGCCUUCCUCACUUGCACUUAGCUGUAUGUUUAAAGGAGACCAGUGAACAAAUCUUAACCUAACAAAACUUGCAAGUCUUAAAUGAGUGCAUUUCAGGCUCUUCAGUUCUGCAGAAAAGCAGUAUUAUUCCUAAGCUUCUUCUAUUCUUCUCUCCCUGUUCCCAUUCUGGUGGAUAGAUUUAUUUAACUACUCCAUCUUCCUUACCCAGAUCUAGAAGGCAUCCCAGGGGGAUGGCAAGGACCCUCCCUAGUUCAGUCCAGCUCUGGAUCGAAGUCUGACCUGGUGACCUCUCUUCUCCUUGACACUAGUUGCUCUGGGUCUCUGGUGCCUCUCUCAAAGAGGCAACAACUAUACUGGAUCAGUAGUUGAGAUCUUGAACCCUUGAAUGUGGUUGAUACUGCUGUCCUAUCUGUCCCUUUUCUGUAGAUUUGCAUGUCUCUGUGUUCUCCUGGAAUUUUACCUUGAGCUAAUGCCCAGUCUCCACUCCUGGCACAUGUUCUCCAUUUAGGUUCUUAAUGUUUCCCUCAGCCAGUGAUUAAAGGCAAUUGCUCCUCUAUCCUCAUCUCUCCCUGCCCAUCUCCAUCCUUCUCCACAUACCAAACUUCUGGAUGUCAUUCACACAGCAGGUGAUAGAGAUGGUGUAGGAUGUGGUGGGAGAGAACUGAGAGAGAUCUCAGGAUGCCUGGCUUUGCUCUGCCACUUGCCUCUGGCCUGGGACAUCUAUUGAGCCACAGGUCAUUUCCACAAGAAACAGGUGCUUAAAGGAAGAGGCAGGCACAGAUGCUCGCAGGUCUCGCAGAGAUACACCUCAACAAGCCCCUUAGAUCCCAUCAAGGUGGGCUGGGCUGGGAACACUGAGAAUUCCAAGAGGUAGAGAGAGGGCCACGUGGUGGGAGACAUGCCUGGCAUCCUUGUGGUCCUCCUCUGUCCCUCUUGUCUCUGACGAAAAGGAUGCUGAUUUCCAAAGUGUCUUCCAAGAAAAGGAAUGUGAGCCAGGAAAGGGUGCAAGGUGAUGUAUCAGAGAAUCGGGGACACUUUGUUUUUAGUAAAAUAGGACUUGUGGCCUACAACAACGUAGUAAAAAGCUCUGAAAGCAGAAUGGAGCAGGACUAGAAGCCCAGAGACAGAGUCUCCCUAGGUAUCUGUGCAGGACAUGGAGCCCCUCGGACUUGGGUAAGAGAUGCUGAAGUUGAAACCAGUCUCCAAAGCAUGUGUAAGACUGGCAAAUGGAUCAUCCAUGCUCUGUAAGGGCCAGAGCCUGGUCCCUCUGGAAGGCAGUCUAGACUGAGACUUGCUCUCUCUGCCUCUUUGAGGCCCUAAAAAGUUUCGUUAAUAAAAAGAUCUGAGGCCCUCAGCCUCUUACCCCUUUUAUAACUUCCCUAGGAGCCCUCACUGCAGGGCUGCAGACUACGUACCCGGAAAAACAGUUACUGGAGCCCAGCUUACACACAGACCACUUCACACUUCUCGUGUGUUUCAGAAUCCGGUCCCCACAGAGUAAAUGAAGGAGUGAGAAUGGUCCCUGCACGGCUGGCCCUGGGAUCUCCCUGGAGCUGACAAAGUCUCUUCUCACAUUCAGGCUCUGAACAGAGAAGGGAUGAGCCCCCUAAGCAGUCUAGAACACCUAGAAAGGGGAAGAGGAAACCCCAAAAAUGUUGCAUCUAAGAAAGUUCCCAGGUCUUUUCUUUUGCUAGAAGCCAAGGUAUAAUCAUCUGAUAACCAUUUCACAAGUUACAAAUCUUCCCAGUGUGUGAAGAGGUGAUAGGAAACUCCAGGAAGGGAAUGGGGCCAGCACUGGAGAGACAGAAUACACAUUGCCUGCACUAAAGGACUCUGUGGUGAGUGUAAGGAUACAAUCAGAAGAUGUGGUCAGGGCUAAGUGUGACAAACACGAUGCUCUAGGCCACAGGCGGUGAUCAAAUGACAGACAGGUAUAGUGCAGGUUAGAGAGGCAGGCAGCAACUCCUCCAGUAGACUUGGGACCUGGGGAAAUUAGGGGUGACAAGAUCCACACUCUCAUGGAGCUUAGUGUCACAGUGGGACAGAAGACAGAUACACACACAGCUAAUGGCUCUAUGAGAGAUCAUGCUUCUUUUCUAAUAUGGUAAGAGGGCUGGUGUUCAUGGUAAGGAGAGUCUCUGAAGUUA